UAGAAAUUAGAAACCCAGCCAGCCAGGAAGACUUUCUUUCGCUCCCGCCAGAAAUCGUAGAGUAGUGGAAAAAACUUUUCAUUUCAAAAUGUUGAAAUCUCGUCCAUUAACAACAGCCACCCACAAAACUCGUUCUCCUCUACCCAUGAAACAGUAUGCCUGCGAGGGUAGAAAUAUUCCUUUGAACAAAAAUUGGUUGGAUACAUGGUGUACCCUGCCAGAGGCCUGUGACGGAGUGCUUCCCCAGCUGCUCAACUAUGAGGUACGCAGCGACGAUGUGUUUGUGGUGACAUUCAUGAAAUGUGGCACCACCUGGAUGCAGGAGACCGCCUGGUUGCUGAUGAAUAAUUUGGACUAUGAAAAAAGUAAGCGGGAGGCGGUACUGGACAGGAGUCCGUUUUUGGAAGAUCAUGGAAUUGUGAGCGGAGCCCGCGAUGCCAUGGCUUAUAGCCACACAUUGGCCAGCCCACGUUUACUGAAGUCCCACAUGCCAGCGAAUCUAUUGCCCAUGAAAGUAUGGGAAAACAAGCAAAAGCUAAUCUAUGUGGCCCGAAAUUGCAAAGAUGUCAUUGUCUCCUCAUAUCAUUUCCUCAAGAAACUCGGUCUUUGGACCGGUGACAACAUCGAAGAUUAUAUUGAAGAUUUUAUCCACGAUGAACUGAACUACACCAAUUAUUGGAAUCACAUUGUGGACUUUUGGAGAAUGCGCAAUGAGCCGCACAUCUUCUUUGUGACCUAUGAAGAAAUGAAACGCGACUUGGCAGGGGUCAUACGAAGGCUGUGCGAUUUCUUGGAGAGGCCGCAAUUGACGGCCGAAGAAAUGGCAAAGACUGUGGAACAUUUGUCCUUUGAUAAAAUGAAAAAUUAUGAAAAAAUGACCCAAGGUUUAAAGAGCCAAUUGCCAAAAAGCACCACGGAUUUCCAAUUUAUGCGUCGCGGCAUUGUAGGUUCCUUUAAGGAUGAGUUAACCCCGGAAUUACGUGCGAAAAUCGAUGCUUGGUCUCAGCACUUUUUGUCCCAGCAUGGGCUAACGGAGGAGGACAUUUUUGGAAAACUAUAAAAUUAAGUAUAUAAAUAUGUUGAAAAUAAAAUAAGGAUAUAAAAUUAAAA